AUGAUGCCUAAGCUACCUACUCGUCAACUUGGAAAAGAUGGCCCCCUGGUCACAGCACUGGGAUACGGCGCCAUGGGUCUCUCAGCUUAUUAUGCACCCGCCGCACCCGACGAGGAACGCCUACAAUUCCUGGACUAUGUUUACAACAGCGGCAUCCUCAGUUGGGACACCUCAGAUGUGUACGGAGAUAGUGAAGAGCUCCUCGGGAAAUGGUUCAGCAGAACCGGGAAGCGGAACGAGAUCUUCCUCGCGACAAAGGGCGGUGGUGGUUUGAAUGACAAAGGCGAAGCCCUCAUCCGGAGCGAUCCUGAGUAUAUCAAAGGGGCUUGCGACAGAAGUCUCAAGAAGCUUGGUCUUGACUCUGUUGAUCUAUACUAUAUCCAUCGCCUGGAUAAAGUCACUUCCAUUGAGCAAACUGUUGCUGCCAUGGUGGAGCUCAAGAACGAGGGCAAAAUCAAGUACUUGGGGCUGUCGGAAUGCUCUGCAAGCACUUUACGUCGCGCCUGUAAGGUUCACCACAUUGCGGCCGUCCAGAUCGAGUACAACCCCUUCAGCCUUGAUAUCGAGCAAAACGGUCUAUUGAGUGCGUGUCGUGAGCUUGGUGUGGCAGUUGUCUGCUAUGCACCUCUUGGACGGGGCUUCUUGACCGGACAGCUCAAGUCACCCGAUGACUUCCCCGAAGGAGAUAUCCGCCGUUUCCUGCCGAGAUUCUCCCCGGAAAACUUCCCUCGCAACCUCAAGAUUGUACAGGCCUUGGAGGAUAUCGCCGAAGCUAAGGCAACUAAUGUCAGCUCAUUGGCUCUCGCCUGGCUUCUGGCUCAAGGAGAUGAUAUUAUUCCAAUCCCUGGAACGACGAAGGCUAAGAACCUGGAUACAAAGAUACAGGCCUUGUCGAUUACUCUGACCCCUGAGGAGAACACAAGAAUUAGAGAACUUGUUGAAUCUGCCGGUGUCUCAGGGGGUAGAUAUCACGCAGCUUGGGAUGACUCGUUUGCUGAUACACCUGAGCUGUGA